GCAAUUGAGCACCCUACCUCUUGAACUCGAUGUCACUCGAUGUAUAAAAGGCGAGGAAUACCUUCAGUUGAGUAUCCAUUCACACACCAUGGCUCAACACAUCCAGAACAAGCUCCAGAAAUUUUUUUCGAUGGCGAUGGUGUUAUUUUUGAUCGAUUUCAGCAAAACGAAUGGGGGGAGUGUAGCUGUGGAUUCGAAGGAGUCGAACUCAGAGACGGGCAGUAAUUCGAUUUCUGACAACGGUGGAAUCGUCGAAGGGAAACUGGAUUCUCGCAUCAGUGAUGGCAUUCAAUAUUCCGGCAAGAGUUAUGGAGGAUACAAUACUGGCUAUGCUGUUCCAUCAAAACCCAGUUCAAAUUACGGAUCUGCCUAUUCCGCAUCUGCUUAUUCUGGAACAGGAAACUACGGCAGCGGUUCAUCUUACGCCAUGCCGGCUAGUAAUUACGGAGCCGGGACGAACGGAGCUUACAAUACGGGAACUUCUUACGGAUCUGCCUAUAAUGCAGCUAACCAGGGACUCUACGCUACAUCUUAUGGAUCUGGAAGUUAUGGUGCAGGAUCUUCUUACACAGGCCCAUCUUACGGCGUUACACCUUCUUACGGCGUUACACCUUCUUACGGCGUUACACCUUCUUCUUACGGCGUUACACCUUCUUCUUACGGCGUUACACCUUCUUCUUACGGCGUUACACCUUCUUCUUACGGCGUCCCUUCUUCUUACGGCGUCCCUUCUUCUUACGGCGUCCCUUCUUCUUACGGCGUCCCUUCUUCUUACGGCGUCCCUUCUUCUUACGGCGUCCCUUCUUCUUACGGAAGCAGCCCUGCCUAUGGAUACGGAUCAGGCUCCUCCUACAACGUUCCAGCCUAUGGUGCACCUUCAGCAUAUGGCAACAACGCAGGAUCCUCAUACGGCAACUAUGGUGUCUUUCCUCAUUCCGCCUAUGGUAACAACAUGAACCUGCCCGGCUCUUCCUACGGAAACGGCUACAGUGGAUUGAAUUACGGAUCCGGAAGUUACGGUAUGAAAGCUGGAUUGUAUGGUGGAGUUGGUUAUGGCGUUACAUCGCCCCCCUACUCGCCAUACGCCGGUCAAAUGGGUUCAUCUUCGCCGUACGGUGGAAACUACGGUAGCAAUUCCUACGGUGGAAUCAUGAACGGAGCCUCCGGUGUCGGACAGGGAGUCAUUGCCUAUUCAAACGUGAAUGGUGGAUACAAUAGGAAUAUUUUUGGCUACGGCAACAAUGCAGUAUACUGAAACGCUCCACGAAUGUUUAUUUCUUUCAGCUCAAAAGUAUUGUUUGUUAUUAAUGUAUAAAUUCACAUAAAACAGAUUUUCAUCUAAAAAAAUUUGAUUUAUUUGCUGUGUGUCUUCUGUCAUAAAUAUUAGACUUGAAAUUGUUGUUCUUA